GUUGUUCCUACGUUUAACACAGUGCAUGGACCCAACAGAAGUUCCUGUUGAUAAAAGGUGUCUUGAUUGUGAGAAUCUUCAAUAAAAAGUGUUGGUUUUGUUUACGAAGCAAAGUAGAAAAGAUGGCCUGGCCAAGGCCAUAAGGCUGCUUGCCCAUCACGUUAAGCACCUCCAUUAUGGCAUUAUCUCAGCUUUCUUCUUCUCUCCCCUUCUUUUACAACUAGGAAAUCCACCACCGCCAGUUUACUUUAUCUCUCUCUUUCUCUCUUUAAUCCUUUCAUCUUCAUAACUCACCACUAUUGCAACAUAGUUAUCUCCCUCUCUCUCUCUCUCUCUCUCUCUCUAACUCUCUCCCCCCCUCUCUCUCUCUGGCUCCUCCUGCAUCAAAUUAAACGAUGUGAUUAUACAAAAAAACAGCAGGAAAAGCGCAAUAAUUCUAAGUCAGAAACUCUCUGAUUAUGGCAACUACGAUGCGGAAACUAAUUGCGGAGGUUGUUGAUGCUCGUAAUCUCAUGCCCAAGGAUGGGCAGGGGACGUCCAGUCCAUAUGUGGUGGUUGAUUAUUAUGGGCAACGGAGAAGGACUCAAACGGUGAUCCGUGAUUUGAACCCAACGUGGAACGAGGUGCUUGAGUUCAAUGUUGGUGGUCCGUCUGACGUAUUUGGCGACAUGCUUGAAAUUGAUGUCUACCAUGAUAGGCGAAUGGGGCCUACCCGCCGAAGCAAUUUUCUUGGCCGUGUCAGGCUGAAUUCAGCCCAGUUUGUGAGGAAGGGAGAAGAGGCGCUAAUUUAUUUUCCUUUGGAGAAGAAAAGCUGGUUUACUUGGAUUCAAGGUGAGAUUGGUUUGAAGAUUUACUACAUAGAUGAGUUCGUUUCUCCACUUUCACCACCGCCCCCAUCAACACCACCACCUGCAGAGGAAAAGAAAAUUGACCCACCAGCAGCAGAGGUUGAAGCACCUGCCUCUGCAGAGGCAACAGCAGCAGAUGCCGUCAAGGCUGAAACAGCGACUGAGAAGCCAGCCGAGCCUGACCCACCUGCCCCAGCAGAUCCUCCACCCGAGGUCGUAAAGCCCGAUGAAACAGCGACUCCAUCAUCACCAGAUGAACUAGCCUCAGCUGCAGAACCUGCAGGACCACCGCCAGAAAAUACCCCUGACCCUGAGCCUAUGAAACCACCGAAAUCUGACCCACCACAGCCUGAAGCAAGUAAAAAUCCAGUCGAUCCAUCACCACAACAACCAACGCAAGUUGACUCUGAAAAUAAAUCAGCACCAGAGGCCCCGCUUCCUGCAGAAGUGAUGUCAGCCACGGUAACAGCCACGAUGCCGGAAGUUAGAGCCGCUGUGUUCAAUGCCGCACGUCCUAUUUACAGGACAGCCACUGCUGAGAAUUCCUCGAGGGACCCACCUGAUAGAAUUCCAGUGGAGCGGUCAUCUUACGAUCUUGUUGAGAAAAUGCACUACCUCUUUGUCAAAGUGGUGAAAGCCCGAUCCCUCCCAACCAACGGCAAUCCUGUCGUCAAGAUCGCGGUUGCGAGCUGCCAGGUAAGAUCCAAACCCGCCCGGAAAGCCACAUUCUUCGAAUGGGACCAGACAUUCGCCUUCGGCCGGGACGCACCAGAGUCAUCGUCCAUGUUGGAAGUCUCUGUGUGGGAUCCAGCCACAUCCAAUCCCACAUCCGACGCGGCAGAAGGAAAUUUCCUCGGUGGUGUUUGUUUCGACGUCACGGAGAUCCCGCUAAGGGACCCACCUGAUAGCCCCCUGGCCCCACAAUGGUAUCGACUAGAAGGUGGCGGGGCCCACAACGGUGAUCUUAUGCUUGCCACGUGGAUAGGCACGCAAGCUGAUGAGGCAUUUUCUGAUGCAUGGAAAACCGACACAGCCGGUAAUGUAAGCUCGCGGUCAAAAGUCUAUCUUUCACCCAAGCUAUGGUAUCUCAGAGCAACGGUGAUCGAAGCUCAAGAUAUUCUACCAUCGACGGCAACCAGAGAGUCAAGUUUCCAAGUCAAAGCUCAGUUAGGGGCUCAGGUAUUGAAGACUAGAAUCUCUGUCAGCCGUAACGGAUCGCCCUCGUGGAAUGAAGAUCUCAUCUUUGUCGCAGCAGAACCGUUCUGUGACCACCUUGUUUUCAGCUUGGAAAACCGGCAAUCAAAAGUAACGGUGGUGUUGGGGGUGGCCAGAAUACCACUUGCAACCAUAGAAAGGCGGGUGGAUGACCGGAAAGUGGUAUCCCGGUGGUUCAGUCUUGAAGACGCCGACAACGAGAAGAGGGCCUACAAAGGUCGGGCCCACCUGCGCCUCUGCUUCGACGGUGGAUAUCAUGUUAUGGAUGAAGCAGCUCAUGUGUGUAGCGACUACCGUCCAACCGCGAGACAGCUCUGGAAACCACCUGUUGGUGCGGUCGAGCUUGGAAUCGUUGGAUGCAAGAAUCUUCUUCCGAUGAAAACAAUCAACGGUAAGGGAUCAACCGACGCAUAUGCAGUUGCCAAGUACGGACAAAAGUGGGUACGAUCACGUACCGUGGCAGAUAGCUUGGACCCCAAGUGGAAUGAACAGUACACGUGGAAGGUGUAUGAUCCGUGUACAGUACUCACAGUUGGUGUAUUUGACAACUGGGGAGUAUACGAAAAAGAUGGUCCAAAAGAAUCCACGCGUCCAGAUUUUCGUAUUGGAAAAGUACGAAUACGUAUAUCUACUUUAGAGACAGACAGAGUGUACAGAAAUACGUAUCCAUUGCUCCUUUUGACUCCCACAGGAGUGAAGAAGAUGGGUGAUAUUGAGCUUGCUGUACGGUUCACUCGUGCUGUUCCCACCCUUGAUAUGCUUCACGUGUACACACAACCCUUACUGCCUCUGAUGCACCAUAUCAGGCCUCUUGGUAUCUUUCAACAGGAGAUGUUAAGGAGCACAGCGUCAAAGAUCGUGGCCUUACACUUGUCUCGAUCAGAACCGCCAUUGCGACGUGAGGUGGUGCUUUACAUGCUCGACGCAGAUUCGCACGCGUUCAGCAUGCGAAAAGUACGUGCCAAUUGGUUUCGGAUCAUCAACGUGAUCGCAGGGGUUAUCGAUGUGGUAAGGUGGGUGGAUGAUACACGUUCGUGGAAGAACCCGACCGCUACGCUGCUCGUGCAUGCAUUACUCGUGAUGCUCGUGUGGUUUCCAGAUCUGAUCAUCCCCACAUUCUUGUUUUACGUGUUUGUGAUCGGAGCAUGGAACUACCGUUUUCGAGCGCGGGACCCAUUUCCGCAACCUUGCCCAAAGAUCUCUCAAGCAGAAUUCAUUGAUCGAGACGAGUUAGAUGAGGAGUUCGAUACGGUACCGAGUACUAGAUCACAAGAAAUAAUACGCGCUAGGUAUGAUAAAUUACGGACUCUUGCGGCACGUGUACAAACAGUGUUAGGAGACUUCGCGACGCAGGGAGAGCGAGUGCAGGCUCUAGUGACGUGGAGGGACCCACGAGCGACGGCAAUUUUUGUGGGGCUGUGCUUCAUCGUAGCCAUCGUGUUGUAUCUUGUCCCAUCGAAGAUGGUCGCGUUGGCGUCAGGGUUCUAUUAUCUGCGCCAUCCGAUGUUCCGAGAUCGGAUGUCACCACCAGCUUUGAACUUCUUUAGAAGGCUCCCUGCACUGUCCGAUCGAAUCAUGUAGGUAGGACUGCCCGGGCCUUUCCCUUAUCGUCUAUGUAUUCCGUUUUCUAGUUAUUAGCUUAUUAUUAUUAUUAUUAUUAUUAUUGUUAUUAUUAGGUAAAUUUUAUGUGGUAGAGUUGCAUUCUUGUGCAUAUUUACCCCUUAAUGAUAAUAAAAUGGGAGAAUGACGGUUCAGUCUAGGGUCAGAAUAUUCUGUUGUA